AAAUAAUACUCCAACCAUCUUGCAUUCACAUACAAAUUAUGCUUUAUUUUAUCUUUUGUUCCAACCUCAUCCUCAUCCUUCUUCUUCUCAAUUUCAAACUUCACUUCGAGAUAAAUUAAUGCUCUUUACAUGACCAUUAUAUUGAGAAAAUAUCCUCCAAAUAUAGAGCAUAUAGUUGCACUAUUGAUAAAAGAUUUUAUAUAUAACAUCACUGUCCGAGUCAAUUUUCACUUUUCGACUAAAUAUUGUGCUAUCUCUCAUCCGUACAGGUACUAGUACUCAGGCUUAGAAAGACGGGAAGAAAUCUGUCAUUUUGCACACAUUCAAUUAUUUCACCGAGUACCUUUAACUUCCCGCCAGGCCAGGUUCUGAGUAACUCUGUCCACGAAUGUUUAGACAGGAAAAAGUUAAUUAGUGUUUUUUGAUACUUUGUGCAGUGCAAUUUGUGGUGAAUUCUGUUUUUGCAAAUCUCUUCUUGAGAUAAGCAGCUAUGACUAUUGCUGAUUCAAGCAGUAUUCCAAGUCCAACUAGGCUAGAGGGAAAAUAUAGUGGAAUGAUGGUAUGUUGGAUUCUUGGACUUGGGUCACUUGUUUCUUGGAAUAGUAUGCUCACUAUUGGAGAUUACUAUUAUGAGCUAUUUCCGAAAUACCAUCCUUCACGGGUGCUUACCCUCGUUUAUCAACCAUUUGCACUUGUGACAAUGGCAAUUCUUGCAUAUAAUGAGGCAAGAAUCAAUACAAGAAAGCGCAACCUAACUGGAUUUACUCUUUUCUUCUUAAGCACAUUCGCGCUCCUAGUGUUGGAUUUGGCCACAUCAGGAACCGGGGGUCUUGGAAAUUACAUCGGUAUAUGUGCUAUAGUCGCUAUUUUUGGAGUUGCAGAUGCUUUUGUUGAAGGUGGGAUUGUAGGAGAUUUAUCCUUCAUGUGCCCUGAAUUUAUCCAAUCAUAUUUUGCUGGUCUGGCUGCCUCUGGGGUGCUCACCUCUGCUUUAAGGCUAGUGACUAAAGCAGCUUUUGAAAGGGCUAGUAACGGUCUUCGCAAAGGAGUUAUGUUAUUCCUGGCUAUCUCCACGUUCAUUGAAUUUCUAUGUAUUCUUCUAUAUGGGUUCAUCUUUUCUAAGCUACCAAUCGUUAAGUACUACCGCACAAAGGCAGCAGCAGAGGGAUCAAAAACUGUUGCAGCAGACCUAGCCGCAGCAGGCAUCAAGUCUGAAGCAACCGAAAGAGCUGAUAAUAAUAACACUAAACAAUUGGAGCGCCUGAGCAACAAACAACUGUUCUUUCAGAACGUCGAUUACUUAUUGGAUUUGUACUUGAUUUAUGUCCUGAGUUUGUCAAUUUUCCCUGGAUUCUUGUAUGAGAAUACUGGUUCCCACAAAUUAGGCUCAUGGUACCCUUUAGUCCUGAUAGCAGUCUACAAUAUGUUCGAUCUGAUAGCAAGGUACAUUCCACUGAUCGAAAAAAUCAAGUUGAAAUCACGAAAGGGCCUAAUGAUCGCAACACUGUCUCGUUUCUUGUUCAUUCCUUGUUUUUAUUUUACUGCAAAGUACGGUGAUCAGGGCUGGAUGAUAAUGCUCGUGUCCUUCCUAGGAUUAACCAACGGUUAUCUCACCGUUUGUGUCCUCACAGUUGCUCCUCAGGGAUACAAGGGACCUGAGCAAAAUGCAUUGGGUAAUUUGCUAGUGUUAUGCCUACUGGCUGGACUAUUCUCUGGCGUUGCACUAGAUUGGUUAUGGAUUAUUGGUAAUGGGAAGUUCUAACCAAAUCAGAAUCUGUAAAUGUAUUUCUUAGUUUCCCAUCCGGUGUCCCAUGUAAGGUACCCGCUUUUGCCCCCGGCUAAGUCAGAUUCGGCCCGGAAAGUCCCACUUUGGGGUAAAGUAUUCCCUACCUUAAUCAGAUUAAUGUAAAAUUGAUUGAAUGUAUUGCUACUCUUUUUUUCCAUAACCUAGUUUCAAUUUUCAGCUUCUACAAACACAUUGGCAUAAUGGUUUAUAUAUAGAUAUCGUUAACCAAGUUAUACAAAAUAUUAGGAUAUCUUUUUUAACUCGCGGAAGUCUCCAGCACAAUAGGGGUGGGUUCAAUUCUCACUCUCUUCUUUUCAGCUUCCCCUUCCAUAAUCCUCCUCUAUGUAAUGAUUUUCUUUUAGAAAAAAAGAAUAUGAGGUCAUUUCUAUUUGAGAA